UUAUAUAUUUAUGAGUGCAUCUACCUGACAUGCGGAUACGAAUGAAUGGGACGGCUCUGGGCUGAUCUGACCAAGUUUGCACUCGGUUCGCUGAGUAAGGUUCUCUGAGCGAUAUUUUAUGGGUGUCUGAGGAACGGCUGAAUCGAUCGAUCUUUCGCUCAUUCCUCAUCCCCUGCUGUGUGAUCUGUGAUCUCUCAUCGUCCCUUUACAAUGAUGAUCAAGAACAUCAUCUUUGACCUUGGCAAUGUCAUCCUCCGACUCGACCAGUCCGCAACAGCAAGCGGUUUCAAAGCCCUGGGCGCCACCAAUUUCCCCACGUUGUCACACCACUCCUCCUCACAGACCAUUGUCGACUAUGAGACCGGCAAGAUCUCCUCAGGAGACUUUCGUGCCCUUGUUCGGUCAUCCGUUGGUCUUCCAGAGACUGUGGCGGACGAACAAUUCGAUCAAGUCUGGAAUGCUAUGCUGCUCGACUUUCCCAAGGGCCGUCUCGAGCUGAUGCGGACGCUCAAGAAAGAUUUCGGUUACAACGUCUACCUGCUGAGUAACACCAACGCGAUCCACAUCGAAUAUGUCGACAAAGUGUGCCUGGCGGACUAUGAGGAGGAUUCGUUGCACCCAUUCUUUGACAAGAUCUUUUACUCACAUGAAAUCGGUCAUCGAAAGCCAUCCAAGGCGGCCUUUGAACACAUCCUCCAGGCUCAGGGUCUUAUCGCGUCCGAGACCCUCUUCCUCGACGACAUGCUAGAAAAUGUUGAGGCGGCCAAGUCAUGUGGAUUGCAGGCAGCACAGGUCGAUGCGGAGACAGAUCUGGGCUUCCUGCAGCUUCGCUUCUGAACAGCGCGUCGAUGCAUGUAUUCAGAUACCCCUUAGUAGAUUAUGCGCGCCAACUCAGGGCCCGUGGUUGCAGAUUAUUUACACAAGAAUCGUUUCACAUAAAAUAGAAUAAAAGAUACGCAUCCCGCCGC